CCUAUCGAAGGUCAAUUGUAUCACCAGUUGGCGGGGUUUUUGAGCGCAAUUUAUUUAUCGAAUUUUCUAACAACUUUUUGUGAAUUCACACAUUUAAAGUCAAUAUUUUCCGUUUAACACAAUAUAAGCCAUUUGUUGCAGUUACAGGGAACCUAUUCAAAACAAUGUUACGCCUUAUAAGUACAGAGGAUAGCGACAGUUCGGUGUCUGAGUGUCUUGAUGAAUCUCUGAAUGAAUCGAAGUGUUUCAACUUCAGCAAUAACCAGGACAAGUUUGUUUCAUCAUGACUCUGAAGGAAGUGAUAGGGGGCAUGCAAAGGCUGGUCUGUCAGAUCAAUCAGCAUUUGAAAGAGGUAUCUGUGGAAGGGAAUAUAGGAUGUGGUAAAUCAACGUGUCUGAAAUACUUUCAGAAUUCACCAAAUGUUGAGGCUCUAAGGGAACCACUACAUCUGUGGUGUAAUGUUAGGGGACAUAAUGCAUUGGAACUUCUUUACCAAGACCCCAAAAGAUGGAGCUUUUCAUUCAACACAUACGUGCAGCUCACCAGACUCAAUAUGCAUGAACAUAAAACGGAAAAGCCAGUAAAGAUGUUGGAGAGAUCCUUAUACAGCACCAGAUAUUGUUUUGUGGAGAAUGAUAUGAGAAGUGGGAUUCUGAGCCCUCUAGAAGGUGCUGUGUUGAGUGAGUGGUUUGAUUUCACCAUAGCAAACAGGGACUGUCAUGUUGACCUCAUAGUUUACCUGAGAGCAUCUCCCGAGAUCUGCUACGAUAGAAUAAGAAAGAGAAACAGGAAAGAAGAAAAAUGUGUACCAUUUCAAUUGAUCAAGGACUUGCACGAUUUACACGAGCAGUGGUUGAUAGAACAGAACACCUUCAAGCCUCCAGCUCCUGUACUGGUGAUUGAUGCCAGCCCAGAUUUAUCAGAACUUCAUACACUUUAUGAUAAACAUAGACAGGAGAUCUUAUGUGGAUACAUUUGAAGGAGAGAGAAAGCACAGGCUGUCAAUACAUAAUACAUGAUAAUCAGGAACCUGUACAUAGUACAUACCACACAAUAUACACAAGAUAUUACAUCUUGAGAUUGAAGGUGCUAUGUUCAUACACCUAAUAUACUCAGGGACAUAUUUGUCGUAUUGAAUAUCAAGAUUAAGUGGUUUGGGAAAUUUUAGUGAAAAAAUAUGCCCAUAUAUCUGAUACAAUCAGGCUAACGCAUGGUGUAUGCAAUAUAUAAAUGAUGUAAAAUAUGUACAUAAUUACUAAUCAUAACCAGGGACAUGCAUAGUGUAUGGAAAACUGCCUGCUUAAUGCAGUAUUAUAGAUAACGAGUCUGCCUCGGAUAUCUUAGCGGGAAGGACAUAUAAC